UGGUUUUGUUCUGUUGAUAUAGGAACACUUUGAGGUUCUGGUCUUCUAGUUGCAAAGCUUAAACUUUUUCUAUUAUUUGCUUGAACUCACUGAGCUAAAGGGUUCUAAUCGUUUUGCUUUAAUAUUUGACUCGGGGCAUUUUUUUUCCUACUGAUUUUUUUUCUUUCUUUUUUUUAAAAAGAAAAGAAAAGAAAAGAAACUAAAUGCUCUGUUUUAAAUUCACAGAAGUGAUAAACUGUGACUGUAUUCUUCUGAUGGAUUUAAGAUUCCUGAAUUUGGAGCUUUAAAGUGAGAGGAGCAUGUCCGUAACUUCCAAAUUGUACAAGGAAUUGAAUCCACUUGAGGGUUGAAUACUAGAAACUGAAGAUGAUUGGCGAUAAGGCAGCAUCUGACGAAGAGAAGGGUGGUGGUUGUGUGUUGGUGGGACUCUCACUGGAUGCCAAUGGCAGGGAGCUUCUCAAUUGGACACUCAAUAAAGCUGCCAAGCAGGGUGAUCGUGUUGUGGCAGUUCAUAUCUGCCGCGAAUCAGAACUCUGCGACAGCUCCACUUCUUCUCUGAUCAAAGUUUUAGAUGACUACUUGGCAGUAUAUGAAGACUUGUGUUACCUGAAGAAAGUAGUUCUUGUGGGCCGGAUCUCUCAAGGAAAUUCUAUUCCUGAAGUCCUAGUGAAGGAGGCCAAACUCUAUUCUGCCAUGACAGUGGUGGUUGGAGUCAAUAAGAACCGUUCAUUUGGCAGUUCAGCUUCUAUCGCCAAAUAUUGUGCCAAGAAACUCCCUCCAAGCACUACUUUAGUUGCAGUUCACGAUGGAAAGGUGACAUUUGAAAGGGAAGCUACCAAACCAACUUCAGGAGGAGAACCGAAGAUGACUCUUCGUAGUGUGUUACAUCCAAGUGUUGGUUUGGAUCCCAAAGUUAUUGUCCCAAGUUCGAAGGUUAAGCUCAAUGCAGCUACCCUUAGGAUCUCCAAUGCUGGAAAUAGAAGUGGACUAAAGCAAGAGGGUUCAAAAGACCAGAGCCUUCUUGUUAAUGUGAAGAUGGUAGAAGUUAGACCAAGCUCUAUUACAGUUCUAGUAAGAAGGUUGGCAGAAAAGAGGCUUGGUUGGCCUCUACUACAAAGAGCAGUUUCAGCAAACACAGAAGCACCAAAGGAUGAUGAAGGCCGGAAAAUGUCAGUAGUCCAAUGGGUUAUGAACCUACCAAACAGAGCUUUGCCAUCUAAGCAACCGCAUCUGGAACUAAUUAAGGAAUUGAAGGUAAUGCUAGAAGCAAAUAGCUCUGGUUGCCAAUGGUUCGAAUACGAGGAACUUCAGAAUUCAACUAAUCAGUUCUCUUCAGAGAACUUGAUUGGAAAAGGAGGGAGUAGCCAAGUUUACAAAGGAUGCCUGCCUGACGGUCAGCAAGUGGCCAUCAAAUUAUCCAAGUUUUCUGCAGAAACAUCGAGAGAUUUCCUUUUGGAAGUUGACAUCAUCAUUAAAUUGCAGCACAAGCGCAUAGUGCCAUUGAUGGGCAUUUGUGUGGAGAACAACAACCUUAUUUCCGUGUACAACUACUUUUCCAAAGGAAGUUUAGAGGAAAACCUCCAUGGUAAAGGAGUCCAGGCACCACUAUCAUGGGACAUGAGAUUUAAGGUGGCAGUGGGGGUUGCUGAGGCCCUAAGCUACCUUCACAGCGGCUGUUCUCAACCAGUAAUUCAUAGAGAUGUCAAGUCCUCAAACAUUCUUCUCAAUGAUGAAUUUGAGCCUCAGUUAUGUGAUUUUGGCUUAGCAACAUGGGCAUCAACAACUUCAUGCUACAUAACAAAUGGUGAUGUUGUUGGAACUUUUGGGUACCUUGCCCCUGAGUAUUUUAUGUAUGGGAAGGUUAGUGAAAAGAUUGAUGUCUAUGCCUUUGGAGUUGUUCUGCUUGAAUUGUUAUCGGGAAGAAAGCCAAUCAACGAUGACAAUCCCAAGGGCCAAGAAAGUCUGGUCAUGUGGGCAACAACAAUACUGGAGAGAGGGGAUGUUACGAACUUACUGGAUCCCAAUCUUGACGCAAAACUUGAUGAGGCUAAAAUGAGAAUAAUGAUUUUAGCUGCAUCUCUUUGCAUUAGAAGGGCAGCUUGUCUCCGACCUCAAAUGAGCCAAAUACUGAACAUUCUCCAAGGUGUAGAAGAUAUCGAGGCUUGGGCAAACUGCCACAUUGAUACUACACUAAAUGAGUUGGAUAGUCAGGAUGAGGAAACCUAUCCAGCUUCAAGCAUUGAGACACAUUUGGGCCUUGCAUUGCUUGAUGUGGAAGAUGAUGCAUCGGUUUCUAGCUUCGAACAGAGCCAACUAGCUUCCUUAGAGGAGUACCUACGAGGAAGAUGGAGCCGGUCUUCAAGCUUUGAUAAGCUUCUCAGAUGGAUAUGACAAUUGUUUUCUUUUUUUCACUUUGCUUGCUUUUGGGCAUGUCUGUACAGCAUUAAGGCCAGUUUGCUGCUCAGGAUUACACAAACUUCAAAAGAAGAUAACAGCAUGCCAAUAAGAGAACGUCAGCAGGGCAAAGAGACCAAUAUCCAUGGAUACCUCUUCCAUAGGAUCAAUCACUGCGAUGAUAUACUUACCAUGAUGUCAAACGUGACUCAUGGUUAGCUUUGUUAUUUGCUAUAAGAUAUGCCUGAAUUGGCUUUUUCCAUCAAGCCUAUGCACUGCUUUAUGACAUUAAAAUAAAUAAAGCAUAUCGAAUGCCUGAUUUCUUACUUUUAAA